GCCAGUGGCCGAAAUCAAGGAAUAUAGAGAUCAAUUAUACGGUUUAUUGGAUAUCGAGCGGACUGCCUGAUAAUUCGGAUAUUCAAUAGAAUAGAACUUACAGAAAGGUCCUCUCCACUUUGGGGCACAGAAGGGGGAGAAUUAGUCGCAUGGAUCAAUUUGAAUAAAUGUUUAGGUUGAAAUCCUAUUUCACCGGUUUUUUCUCCCUUCCCAUCGUCAUCUCGUCUCUUCUUCGUUUCUCUUUCACUUUUCUCAGCACCCUCCCCUUUCCUUUCGUUACAACCUAUAUGAUGUACUUGCGCACACUCGCCUUAUGUAUAGUACCGUUGCUGGCUAUCGCUGCACCUGUAUUUGUUGAGUCCGAUACAACUGCUGUCGAACCAGCUAGCCUCUUACUAUUUGAGAGCCUAUGCGAAUACUACGAAAAUGUAACCGACGAAGUACUAGAAGCAGCCACACUCGACAUGCUGUUUGAAGAUGGUCUUUACGAUGCCUUGAAAAUAGACCUCGCUCCACUGGAUGAACAAUGUUGGUCCGUAACGGCGCGACCUUUGCUACAGUCAACAAUCCGAGUUCACUUGUCGAUAAAUCAUGCAAACGUACUGUCACACAUCCGACCAUUGGUUGCUGAGAUCUUACCUUCGCUCAUCCCGCUAAAUAAUCAUCAAAAGCAUGGCGAAGAAGAUUGGCUUCCUGGAGACAGAACCGCCGAAGCCCUCGUACCUCUCCUCUACAAUUUGAACCAAGUUGUCGGCUUCCGACUUGGCGCUUACCUCACAAGCGAUGCCAUGUUGAAAGACCUGGCAGACCGAGCCUCUAUGGUCUGCAAACCUAAAGGCGACUUGGCUUUGCACGGGCAACAAAAUCUUCAAAUACCAAACCGAUCGUUGACCAACAGUCGCACUCACCUAACAUCUCGCUUUGAGGACACCAAACAACAGUUGUGGUCACAGUAUGAUGAACAACUAGACGAUGUAGUCCGAGUCGUCAUGGAAGACUAUAUGGAUGAUGAAUAGACAUCACCACACGUCUCAACCCCCUUUUCGAUACCCACCCCAUUCCCAACGGAAUCUUCCUUUACAUCGUCCCGCCCCUUGUACAGUUCAUUACCUUAAACCUGCGUGACCACGCAUAAUGUCCACUUCGUUUACUGUUUCACUCAGUUGUGAAUACUUGAAACAACAUCGUUUCCGAAAAGAAACCAUAUUUGCACCUAGUACAAUUUCUCUCUCUCUCUCCUUUUUCAAAGUAUCGUAUGUAACGCAAUGUAUUUAUUGCAAAAGUAGCACAUUCCAAAAAGGAACUACCCGCAUUUAUGAACCAACCAACCAAAAAAAAAAAAAAGACCAGUUCCUAUCUGU